CCAUGGCAGAAGCAAAACGGCACAUGGUACAGCAGAAUGACGAACGUCACGGUGUCCACGAGGAACGCAUUCCGCUACCAUUCGGUGAUGUAACCGCCAAAUGGUGGGGACCACGCGAUCUUCGACCGAUCGUUUGUCUGCACGGUUGGAUGGAUAAUGGCGGUUCGUUCGAUCGUUUGAUUCCGUUGCUCCCUUGCGAUAUUAGCUUCUUGGCGAUAGAAUUCCCAGGCCAUGGACGAUCGGCACACCUGCCGGCAGGUGUGGCAUACAAUGCACUUGACACAUUACGCCUGCUGCUGCACCUGAUGCACCAUUACGGCUGGACUCGAAUUUCACUCAUGAGUCAUUCGAUCGGUGCAGUGAUGAGUUACGUGUUUGCGGGUGUUUUUCCUAACCGAGUUGAUCUGCUCAUCUCGUUCGAUCUGCUCAAACCCUUCAUACUCGAUCCCGAUAUGGUGUUGUUUCUGCUAUCCGAUUCACUACCGAAAACGCUCGACUAUGGCGCAGAUACUAAGAAAGAGGAGAAGCUGUUCCGCUACGAAGAUUACGUGGAGCAUAUGCAUGCAGGAUUUCAUGAAUCGAUAAGCCGCGAUGCUUGCCAUUAUUUGCUGUACCGAACGUUGGAACCAUCGAACGCAGGAGAAGCGCUUUACCGACGGACGACGGAUCGACGGAUUCGGCACAAUCAUGGGUUGGUUUGGUCGCAUGAUGUUAAUCUGGAAAUAGCGCGCCGAAUACGGGUACCGUUUCUGUACCUCAAAACAACCGAAACGCCCCUGUUCGAGGAUCCACAGUAUCAUCAGGAAACGAUCGAUGUGUUGGUGAAUAGUAAUGCACAAUUUGAGCAUGCACUUGUGGAGGGUAAGCAUCAUGUGCACCUAUCGCACCCCGAACGGGUGGCACCGUUUGUGAAGAGCUUUUUGGAAAAGCACUGGAAAAGGGAGCAAUAUACAUUGUGCAAGCUGUGAUGUGCGUGGAAAU